GCUUACAUUUUAUUUACGCUGAAAUGUCCACUGAUCGCGAUUCAUUGGAGGAUUUUGCAUUUUUAGAUCGCUCAGUUUUGCUCUCAAUUUAAGUUUUUUGCAGGCGGAUUUAACUGUGAUUGAAGUCAUGAGUGACCGGGAAGAUAAUGAGAAGAAACCGUUGCUGCGGAGUGGAGAUCAGAGCGAGUACAACUCAGCAUCGUUAAGGCCAUCAACUGAAAACGUGAGUGAUGUGCAGGUUGGUCCAUUUGAGCUGCCCCCGCCUUACAAUGCUUCGCAACCGGGUGGUAACCCAAUGGUCACAUGUAGAGUGUGUCAAACUAUGAUAGAUAUCUCCGGAAAGAGGGAUCAACACGUUGUUAAAUGUUCGAAUUGUAAUGAAGCUACGCCUAUCAAGAGCGCUCCUCCUGGUAAGAAAUAUGUUCGAUGUCCCUGCAACUGUCUAUUGAUUUGUAAAAGUAUAUCGGUUCGCAUAGCGUGUCCUCGACCACACUGCAAGAGGAUAAUCAAUCUUGCUCCAUCCCCAGUCACUCCAUCUUUGCCUGUUACACCUGGCAUGUGCCGAGUGUCCUGCAUACACUGCGCAAAUACAUUUUUGUUUAAUUACCUACAGAAUGCCCUCGCUAGAUGUCCGCAUUGCCGCAAAAUCUCUUCGGUCGGACCAGACUUUGCUAAGAAUAGAGGAACCUUAUUUUUAAUUGUUGGAUUUAUCUUUCUUCUCCUUGGAAUCGGCGUCACUUUUGGAACAUACCAAUAUGCUAAGGGACAUGGUGGUGUUUAUAUUACUUAUGUUGGUGCAUUCAUUAUUGCCAUUAUUGCAUUUUGGCGGAGUAUGUAUUACUAUACAAUGAAGAUAAGUACAAUAGAAGGAGCUUUAUAAAACAUUCAUCGUACAUAUACGACAAGACAUGAUUAGGAAUGAAUAUCAUUGAACAUAGGUAACUUGUGAUUUCUCUGUUUUAGCUUAAAUGUAUUCUUGGGCUAUUAUAACAUUUUAUCCAGAAAAGAAGUCCUCAAAUUAAUAAUCAAGCAGAGUAUUUGUGGGAGCCUGAACUCCAAAUUUAAGAAAUAAGGAAGAAUAUAGCACUGAACAUUUCCAAAGUUUUUUUUGCUUACUUAAAGCCUUUCAAUAUCGAAUUGAAGCUAAGUUAUUUCCAGGAUUCUAAUCGGAAUCGUGUGAUUAGUUUAAUUUUUAUAGCCUAAUGUAUAGUUCUAUAUGUUUAGUAUUAAUACUCAAGUUUUUGGAGAUCAAACUUAUUCAAAGUAUGAAUACAUAUGUGUAAUACAAGAUUUUCUUCCAAGGCUUGAAGUCUAAAGAUAGAAUAUCAACAUUGAAACAGCAAGAACGCGUGUCCUGGUUUAUGACAUUGCAGACGUUAUUUUCCGCUUGAAAAACAACCCCAUGCCAUCUCUUUGAAACUAUGAUGAAUCCUCUUCCGUGUGUGAGAACCGUUCUGUGAAAAUUUCAAGCUAUGAUAGGAUCCUUUAAAAAAAUUGGGAGCGCAGAUUUUGACACGUCCUACCGAGACAUGCGUUUUUACAAUUUCACCAGUGGUAUUUUAUUUCCAUAGUUAAUUUCAUUUAGUGGGCAUAAUAGUUAUUGGUCUGCAAACGAAUUUCAUUCAAAUACAAUGGAAGCAAGCUCAGUCUAAGUUCCCCAUGUAAUUUACUCUGCCCGUAUAAGAGGAAUUUGUAGUCACGAUCUUUUUAUUCUCCCAUAUCGUUUUUGUUAUUUUGUAUCCGCAUUCAUGUAUAUCUAUAGACAAGUAUGUACUACGUAUAAGAAGAAUACCAUUAGCCUUUUCAAUUUUAUUUCUCUGAAUUUCAUAGAACUUUAGAACGAAGGAAGUCGUACAAAAUAUUAUCGUAAAUUAUCCGGAUGGUUCGAAAAUAGGGAGCUUUUUGCUCGAGCUCAUGUCUUUUUUUGCUGUGAAAAGGAGGGUCUUUACUUUGCACUCAAGUGCCUUAAUUUUUUUUUCAUCAUCGUAAUUAAAAGUUAUAAAAGAAGAAUUAUUGAAGAGAUGAAAUCUUAUCACAUGUAUUCGUAUUAGAGACCCUUGAGUUUUGUGAUUGAAAUUUUCUAAUAUUUUGAAGAAAGAACUUAACAUGUCAUCCCUAAUUUUUGUGAGGAAUGUAACUUCAUGAAGAGUUUUUUGCAGAGUAAAUCUAAUUAUUUUAUCGUUUUUUAAGUGAUUGUUGUCAUAAUCAUCUGUCAUUUGAAGGUUUACAUGUUUUUGCUCCAAUAACUCACUUCCUGAAUUCUUAACCUCGCCAUCAACCCUUAUCUUUUGCUCAUAUUAAUGUAAAGUCAUUAAUCCAAAACAAAUGUAAUCUGAUACGAAUGUAUAGCUUUCCUUGUAAUUUCCAAUUUUGUCAUCCGUGCUAGAAUCAUCACUGCUCUCAUGAUCAGGGCAUCGAUUAAAGAAAUUCUUUCAAACAGAAAGAGCUUCACCACUAUAAGAUCUUAAUUGGAUUCUCAGCUUAUGUUUUCAUGUUUUUUAUCACCAUUUUUUUUUUUCUUUUUUCUUUUUCUUAUUUAUUUAAUACUAUCAAUACUUAUACUCUCCUAAAUUGCAUGAUGAGGCUUUUUCAAUAAAUAUUUGUCGGAAAAUUGUCCUCUCAUUUCAUAGUAUUAUUUCUUUUUACUUCUUUUCUGCUUAUCCACAUUACUUGAGUCCUGUUUUUUGUAUGCUGGGAAUAGUUAGCGUAGAUAUCAGAAGAGGUUACUGCAAAAUAAAUCUAAUUUAAUCAAGUUUCCGUAGCAAAUAGAUUCAACUCAUAUCAAUGCAUCCACUAGGAAGGAGAUGUGUGACAUUAAGACAAGUGAUACUUUAUCUGCUUCAUUUGCUUUUUAGUUGUUAACUUUACCCGUACAACACUUGUCAUGUAAAUCUCCAUGCUGAUUCCAUUAGAGAACCUGGUUUUCGCUUUGAACGGUAUUUUUUCAGCUGGUGCAGAGCACCCUUUAGACUUCCUUCAAUUCAAUCAUCAAGUAUAUUUAUCUCAAUACUGGGAGGGCCUAAAUUUAUAUUCUAUGCCCAACGGUUCAUCCUUGCUCAGUUAGUGCUCAUGAGAGCUGUAAUUCAACUUUUUUAGACUUAUCAUAAUUAAGCGGACACUUUGAAGUGUAUGUAUACAUCAUUUAUUAAUUCAUGCACAUCAGUUUUUUAUCCAUUUGCAAUUUAUGCAGAUAUUAUUCUUUACAUUAAUUGUCUAAGAAAUAACACCAUCUGAUUGAUAUUUUUGUCAAUUAAACAAGCUUUCCCGUACCGCAGCAUGAAGUCAAUAACAAUAAAAUGUUUUUCGAAGGAAAAUUCUGUAUGAUUGUAGGGCUGUAGCAUUAAAGUAUUCACCUCUCAGUAACUUUUAAUUUUGUUGCAGAGUAAAUGUAUUGUGUCUACUUCUUUGGAAAAAUAAGAUAAAUGCAUAUCUCAAUUGCAACAUUUUAAAAUCUCAGAUUUUGUUUCAUUUUCCGCUCAGAAAACUUAUUAUAAUGCUUCUUUGAAAUUUUGUUUAAUUUGUUUAGAAUGAGUAAAGAGGUACCCACAAAAUUUCAAUAGAAACUGCUGGUCAGCUUUCCUUUAAGAAAUGAAACAUAAGGGGAGAUUAACAACGGCACAAUCUGAGAUGUGCGUUUUUAGACCUCAGGCAUUGAUAUGUAGUUGGUCUUACUUUGAACGGUAAUUUUCUAAGUGGAGUGCCAUCAACUUUUCUGGAAUUUUAAAAAAAUAACCAUUUCAAAUUCUAAUGCUACUAGCAAACACAAGAAUCCAUCUCUGUGCCAGCCCUCAUUUUAUUCCAUCAUUGAUCGAACUUAUUUUCUCCUACCAGAGUCUUGUGCAUAUUUAUGCAAAAUGGUAAAUUUCAUUGAAUUUUUUACAUCGAGCAGCUAGUGUGUCUGUAAAUGAAAAUUAGUUUACUCACAUUUACGUACUUUAUCUUCCAAAAUUCUGUGUAUUUAUCAUCAUGAAAAAUGUGAAAAUAAUAUGGUGGAUUAUGGAUAUAAUGGUGGAAGCUGAAACAAAAGACAAGUACGCCUAAGUAGACCAAUAUUGUACAUUUUAAAUGAGCGAGCCGUUUUCUUGCUCUAAUUCUAGUAUAAGGUUUUAUUUGUGAAUUUUAUCUGACUUAAAUUAAAAUAGAAUGAAAACAUGUCAGCAAAGUGACACAUUACUUUCUAAGUGUCAGGUCAGUUUAGUUCUCUUAAAAUGUUGUUACCAGUUCAAAGGUAAGAUCCUUCCUAUAUGAACAACACUGCUCUGUAAUGUUUUUUAUCCUCUCUGCUGGAAGGUGAAUAAAAUGUCUACCAAAUGAAGAAUUUUUUGGAAGAGACAAGCAGCCUUCAUAAAACUUGUCUGCUUCAUAAUUUAAGAAAUUUUACUGAUAAGUUAAGAGACAUUAAAUGGUGAACAAUUGUACAAAAAUCAUUGCGACUUGAGCUACGAGGAGCCAUUGAAUAUCACCAGCAAAAUAACUGCAAACAAGCCUACUAUGCUACAAAAAGAGUUAUAUUCUCUUGUUUGCUUGUGGAAGAAUUUAUAUAUGCAGGGCUUACCGUUCAUCGGUCUGUCUGUCUCGUGUUAAUAGAACCCGUCAUUUAAACUGCAAUAAAAGCGUAUAGCAUUCCUCUUUUCUAAUGUAGCUUAGUGACUUCGAUAAUUUUGAACUCAAUGUUUCUUCUGUUAAAUUUUUAAAUCCCCUGAAAAGAGCCAUUUUAGUUACAAUACAAACGCAGUAAGUGAAGCUCUAAUACUGACUUGUCUCUUUACAUCUCUUGUCAUAUAAUUCCUUGAUGAAUGGGGUAAAAUUCAACAAAGGCAUGAAUCUCAGUUUUUUUUUUUUCCUUUUGAAUUUUAAUUUUUUUUACCUACUUGUGUGAUAUGUAAGAUUUAGCAAAAUCAAGAGCUUUAUAAGUAUGAGUGUAUAUCAGUGUGCUCUGUUCUGUCACAAAACCACAAACAGUGCAUCCAUUAAAGAUCGCAAAAAUAAUAAGAAGGAAGGGAAAAAAUUAAAAAUCCCAAACCUUUUUUCUUUGCCUCCAGUAUGAGACAAAUUAUUAUCAUGCUCAAACCUGCUUAUUUGAUAUCGCCAGUUAAUUGCUCUUGCCGUGGCAAAGCUAAUUUUCAAGGAAAGUGCCAGAAAUUCUGUUAUAUUAAGUCGCCACUUUUCAAGCGAACAUUCAAUUUUCCACAUGAUGAAUUUAAUUUUUGUCGGGAACUCUAUGGUUUUUGAAAACGUAUCUAUCAAUGGGUUUUUGAUUGAGGAAAUAAAUUACCCCCUUGUAAUUUAUAAUUGUGAUCUAUGAAUUUUAUUCAAAUUUUUGUUGUUUGUAAAGCAUUUUUAAAAACUAUUUUUAUUUUUAUGUAAAUAUAUACCAAUCUAAUUAUUAUUCAGUAUAAAAUUACAUGUAUGCUAA